AUGGGGGACUUUAAUGAGAUUGUACAGGUGGAAGAAAGACGGGGCACAGAUACAUUACCCUUGUCAGCCGAAGACUUCAAGAAUUGGAGACAUGACAUGGGUGUGGUGGACUUGCCGAUUACUGACUGCAAGUUUACAUGGUUCAGAGGUCGAUCAUGCAGCCGUAUUGAUAGUGUUCUGGCUAGCCUGGAAUGGCUUGAAAAAUUUUCAGAGACUCGGAUGCGAGGUGGUCCAAGAGGUUUCCUGAGAAUGGUCAAGGAGGAAUGGAGAGGACUAGGAGAGGCUCAGUUCACAGAUAAAUUGAAGGCUUUGACAGCUCCUCUGGGAAGAUGGCAUAAAAAUAACUUUGGGGACAUGAACAAGAAAAUCAUGAAGUUUGAGGAAGAGAUCAAGAAGAUUGAUGACAUGGUGGGCGAUGGUGUUUAUGAUGGAACAAUGGAGACAAGAAGAAAGGCGUUUGUGACUUGCUGUGAGAAAUGGUAUGUAAGGAAGGAGCUACAUUGGAAGCAGAUGUCGCGAUCUAGACAUGCGAAGGACAUUGAUAAGAAUACGAGGUACUUCCACAAUUUAGCUUCUGCAAGAAAGAGAAACAACAGGAUUGAUGCGUUGCUCAUUAAUGGAAGAUUGAUAAGGAAUCAAGCUCGGAUUAAGAUUGCGAUUAGAGACUUCUACAAGAAUUUGUAUCAUCGGGAAGAGUAUCCUUUGAUGGGGUUCAGGGACGGAUCGGUAGAAAUGAUUGGUGAAGAUGAUGCUUUGGCUCUGGAAGUACAGCCGAAUCUUCAAGAGAUUAAAGAAGCAGUCUAG